GAGAACUGGCCUUAGCUCACGGCCCUGCGGUCUGUGUCUGGAGUCGCCAGAGCCUAGCUAGCCCCGGACGCCAGCUGGACGCCAGAAACUAGCGUCCGCUCACGAACCGCCCAUGGGUCUCCUCCCGCCCCCGCUCUCUCCGAUCACCGCCUCCGCCCCUAGACCCCGGCAUUCUCGCUCUCCGCGGUGGCCAGCCCAUGACCGGAAACUUCCGUGUGGAGCCGCCAGCCCGAGACCGGAAGUAGAAGCCCAGGGAGGCGCCGUGGACGCAGUCGUGGGUGGCUGGCUGCGCGGUACGUGUUCGGUCUUCUCUGGGUGGGACGUGUUCACGUGGUACGUGUGGCCGCAGUGCGAGGGGCGGACUAGGUAUCUGGAGGACACACACAGAGACCUCAAGAAGCUACUUUUAUGGAAUUACAUUUUAUUCUGUAACUACAGGGAGAGGAGAGCACUGUGGGAGUCCUCGGAGGAGCGCCCUGGUUCUCCCACUGCCCUGUGGUUCGGGAAAAUUUACCAUCUGAAUCACAGGAUCAUGGCCAUGGUUCUGUUCCCCACGUGUGUUCAGUCUCCCCUGUGCCCAGCAUCUCCUCAGAAAGGCUGCACAGAGGAGGAAGGGUUUGUUCAUGGCUUCCUGACAGGCUGGUUACCGGACAUGGUGACCUUUGAGGAUGUGCGUGUAGAGUUUACCCAGGAAGAGUGGGCACUGCUGGACCCUUCUCAAAAAACACUGUACAAAGAUGUGAUGCUGGAGAACUGCAGGAACCUGGCGUCGCUUGGGUAUCAUGUUGAUAAACUCAGCCUAAUCUCUCCGUUGGAGCCAGAAGACAAGGUGAUGGCAGAGGGGAGAGGAGUUCUCCCUGACAUUUGUCCAGAUUUGGAGACUAUACUUAAAGCCAAAUGGUUAACUCCUAAGAAGCAUGUUUUUAGAAAAAAACGUUCUAGUGGCGUAAAAGCGGAAAGAAAUCAUGUUGGAGUGAAACUCAAUGAAUGUAAUCAGUGUUUUAAAGUUUUCAGCACAAAAUCUAACCUUACUCAGCACAAGAGAAUUCAUACUGGAGAAAAACCCUAUGACUGUAACCAAUGUGGAAAAUCCUUCAGCAGUAGAUCGUAUCUUACUAUUCAUAAGAGAAUACAUAAUGGGGAGAAACCCUAUGAAUGCAAUGACUGUGGGAAAGCCUUCAAUGAUCCCUCAUCCCUCAGACUGCAUGUAAGAAUUCAUACUGGAGAAAAACCUUACGAAUGUAACCAGUGUUUUCAUGUUUUCCGUACCAGCUGUAACCUCAAAAGCCACAAGAGAAUUCAUACGAGAGAGAAUCAUCAUGAGUGUAAUCAGUGUGGAAAGGCCUUCAGCACAAGGUCCUCCCUUACUGGGCACAACAGUAUUCAUACAGGGGAGAAACCUUACGAGUGCCAUGAUUGUGGGAAGACCUUUAGGAAGAGCUCCUAUCUGACACAGCAUAUGAGAACUCAUACUGGAGAAAAACCCUAUAUGUGUGCUCAGUGUGGCAAAUCCUUCAGUAGUAGCUUUUCCCUCACUGUGCACAGGAGAAUUCAUACCGGGGAGAAACCCUAUGAGUGCAGUAACUGUGGGAAAGCUUUUAAUAACCUCUCAGCUGUUAAGAAACAUGUGAGAACUCACACUGGAGAAAAACCCUAUGAAUGUAAUCAUUGUGGAAAAUCUUUCACCACUAACUCUUACCUUUCUGUGCAUAAGAAAAUACAUAACAGGUGGAUUUGAAUGCAAUAACUGGGGAAGCAUUCAUUGAUUUCUUGUCCCUCAGACGACUUGUGGUAACUCAUCCUAGGUGUAUGAGUUACCUGUUGCUGCAUAACAAAUGUCCCUGUAAAACAUAGUGGCUUCUAACAACAGACAUUUAUUAUCUCUCAAUUUCUGUAGGUCACAAGUUCAUAAAUGGCUUAACUUUGUAGUUCUGGCUUAGGAUCUGUUAUGAGGGCUCAGUCAAGAUUGUCAGCAGGAGCUACAAUUAAUCUGCAUUUUCACUACUGAGGAGCUUGUUUCCAGAAUGGCUCACUCACAUGCCUGGAAAGUUAGUGCUGGAUGUUGGCAGGGAACUUUCAUUUCCUCACCAUCUAGGCAUCUCCGCAGGGUCUAAGUAUUUUUGUAAGAUAGCAGCAGGUUCCCUCUAGAGCAUUGGUCUAAGGGAGAGCUAGUGCUGAAGCCAUGUUGUCUUUUAUGGCUGACCUGUGGAAGGACAUAAUAUUACUUCCGUAUUGUGUUGGACAUACAGACCAGUCCUGAUACACUGUGGAAGGAGACUAACAGGAAUGUAUACCAGGAGAGAGAUCAUUGGGAACCAUCUGAGAAGCUUGCCAUGAAAUCAAUGGAGAAAGGCCUUCGGCCUUUCAAUCUGUUUGAUGUGAAGGAUUAUUCAGAAACUCUCAUGUUAAUUAACUCUGGAGAAAAAACUCAUGAGUGCAGUCUUUGUGGUAAGCUUUCAGCUCAAAAUCACCUUAAUGGGCACAAAACAUGUGCUGGGGAGAAACCCAAGGAAUGUAAUAGCUAUAGGAAGGCUUUCAGUGAUACCACUACAGAGUCACGUGACAAUUCACACUGAGGGUAAAACUUUACAAGUAUCAGAAUGCAGAAAACUUGAGGAGCACUCAUCCCUUAGAACACACAUGAGAAAUCACUGCAGCGAAACACUCAUAUAAAGGAUGUGAAAACCCUACAGCACAAGCAUUCACAUUACUGAGCAAAAGGUGAGAUAUUCUGAAUGCAAUGGAAAAGCCUUGAUGUUCUCUCAAUUUUUGAGAAAUGUGAGGAUUUAUUCUGGAGAGAAAGACUGAUUAAAUGUUAUCAGUACUGGAAAGUCUUCCAUUUUUCCCAUUCUUAGAAAACAGAACUCACUGCAAAGAAACCUAUGAAUAUAAAGAUUGAGGGAAUGCCUUUAAUAAUAGCUUCUACAUUAAAAAAAACAAACAUGAAAUUCUCCCUGGAUGCAAAACCUGUCAGCAUAUUAAUUUUGGAAGAUCUUUCUGUGAUUCCAGUCUUUGUUGACCUGUGAGAACUCACACUGGAGGGAGACACUAGGAAUGCAGUCAGUGCAACGAUGCCUCAGCCUCACUGCUUCACUGAGCAGCCACAAAAUAACUUCACUGGGAAUGGAAAACAUCAACCCUAUGAGUGUGGUAUUGUCUUUAACAGUGUCUAAUCCUUAGGUUGGUCGGUUAGCUCAUGAAUUUUCAGUUGUUUUGUUUUAGUAUAAACAUUUAUGUCUAUAGCUAUACCAUAAACCUAAAGUUAUGUUCUAUAGUUUGGUAUCUAAUAUGUUCAUCAUCAUUUACACUUUUAAAAUAGCAGUAUGCUACAAAUGUAUUUCUGAAUAUCUGCUGAGUGAUUUAGUUUAUCAUAAUGAAAUAUUAUAUAGACUAUACACUUUUAAUUUAACUACAUUUUUGUCAACUAAGUGGACUUUGUGAUGUCGAUUCAUUUUUAUCUUUAUAUCCUAGUAUAGCAGUUACUUUUAGCUUCUUCCCCAAUGCCCAUUCUCCCCUACUUACUCACUUAACGAAAAAAACAUUUUGUUCAAGUUGUCAAACAAUAUUGAAAAUACUCAAUAUGUAAAGCUUCCCUAAAGCUCAGAGGUGUGUGGACCUGCUGUGCUGGCUGUAAGAAGUAGGCAGAAGUCACUGGGGGUCCCUCAUCUGCUUGUUCACCUUUCUUAUAUUCUAUGCAUCUUAACUAAGUUUUCCCUUGAAAGUGGGCUCAAGACCUGGAAUUGGAAGAGCUAUGUUUUGAUUAUGAUGACAAAAAAAAAUAAUUUUAAAAAGUCACACUGAUAUAGGCUCCCCAGAAGCUUCUUUGGCUGUAUCAACUCUGAAUGACUUAUUCCUAGGCUUCAUAUGUGAUUAAAAGUAACCUCUGAGAGACUGGAGCCAAAGUGAUUUGGGGGGUUUGUUUUUAAGGAGGUGUUGUGCUAAUGUCCAGCUGAAUUCAACAUCUAACUGGUAAAGCUGUUAUUGGUCAAACUUUAUAAAUGUGCCAUGUUUGUUUGAAAACAUUAUGCAUUCAAUAAAUUUUAAAUACAGAUUAUAUAUACA